AUGCCGGUAUUUGGUGGUGGGUGGACAAAAUUUCAACCAGUUUACGUGUGGGACGUUGCCAUGGCCAUACUUAAUGUGAGCGAUCGCAUUCAAAGAUUUCGAGGAAAGACUUUUGAAAUUGGUGGUCCAACCGUCUAUACUUACAAGGAGAUCAUUAAACUUACCCUGAAUCAAGCGGGUAUAAGGCGUCCCAUCAUAUCGUUACCUUGGUCGGUUGGCUUGUUCCAAGGUUUCUUCCUCGAAAAAUUGCCCCCAAAUUUAUUCACCAUCACCCGCGACCAAAUCAAACUUCUUCAAAAGGACAAUAUAGUAUCCGAUGAUCCCGAUGUACUAAAAUUGAAAGACUUGGGGAUUGAUCCGGCUCCAGCUGAAAAGAUACUGCACACGUACCUUAGAAAACAAGAGAUCACUACACCGAACAAGCGAACUCACCGACCCUUUAACGUAGCGGUCGAAGAUGAAAUCAAGGAAAUUAAAAGGAUUCGGGGAGAGACUUCAAAACAUGCUUUAGAUAAAGAAAAAGAGUAUCAAAAAUUACACGA